UUCCCUCCAGAGAAAUUUCCAUCCUACAGCAAUGAGGAUCGCACCGAGCAGCAGAUAAACAAACAUGGGAACGUACCGAGCCGCGCCGCUUCUGCUGCCUCCCUGAUGCAAACACCUACCCCGUCCGACCGCCGCCCUUAAACCAUGUCCGAUUCGCUUGGUUACCUAGCCUUAUUUGUCCUGCUUUGCUGCAAUGGGCUGAACGGUUCCAUCCGGAGUAAGCCGACUGCAAAGGCUGGCGUGGAGGCGCACAAUAAAACGGGGAGACCGCACGCCCAGCAUCAGCAGUCGUUGCAGCUGCCGGGCCAGAGUCCAGGUGAGGGUCGCAGCGAUGUUUCUGACGGGGUUCAUGCCGGACAGGCGCAGCUCCGGAGCCGGAGCCGGAGCCCAGGGUCUUUAUUCACUUUGAAGGUGCAGGUAAACAAUGUGGUCACUCGACAUUACCUGGACAAGGCCACUGUUGAUGUCUUUGUUAACUUCACUAAGACUAACUCUGCCCUUACCGAGGAGGAUGGAGGAGUGGUUUUCAAAGUACCUUACACGCUGGGCCUCACUCUGACUGUCACGGCACGCAAAGGAGGUUACCUGCUGGCAUCUUUGCCCUGGAAAACCCAAAGAGUGCCAGUUUUUGCAGCUGUAACACUUUCAAUGAUUCCACAAAGCCGAGCAAAUCUCUGGUUAUUUGAAGAUACUAUCUUAAUAACAGGAGGAAAAAAUGAUGACGGAUCAUAUCCUAGUGUCCAGUUCUCAAAGGGAUUACUGAAACUACCGAAGAACACAUACGUUUCUAAUCUAACAGCCUAUCUCACAGCUCCACAGCUUCCCUGGCGAGCAGACAACUUUAUCCAUACAAUGGGGACCUUAAUGAACAAAUCAAGGCUGAAGAGCAUCAAACUGACGCCACUGGCUGCCAUUAAUGUUGAAUUGUUUGCUGCUGGGAAGUACGUAAAGGUGGCGGGAUCCAUCCACAUUACGUUACCCCUUGGACCAACUGAUCUGGUGACGCAUGCAGAAACUCUUCGAGCCUGGACGUUUGACCUGAAAAUUGGUGCCUGGGUAAACCGAGGACGCGGAACGGUUAGGAGAGAAGGUGACCAGCUUGUCUGGACCUACGUAGCCCCUCAUUUGGGUCACUGGAUAGCUGCCCCUUUACCAUUAACCACAGGUACAAUUGGUCGUAUUGCAAAGGACAUAAGCAGCUACCAUACAGUGCUACUGGUGGCUAUAUUAGGAGGCACUGCAGUGAUUCUUGCUGGUUUUGUGGUUGUGCUUUUCUGUUUCUGCAGAGGACGGUACAGUCAUCCGCACAAAAAAACGCAAGUCAAGACUAAAAUGGACACCUCAAAGAAAGACCAGACCACAUCAACCAACCAAGUGAACUUGGCUCCUGGGACCAAAGAAAGCUCAAGACCCGACGAAAAGCCUGCUGUGCAGCACCCUCCUGCCAACUCCUGUAGUCCACAAAGGGAGACGCCCCAAAAAGAAAUGAAGGAAUUCUGUAAACAGGUGAAUAAAUCUACAGAGAGACUAAACAACGAGAGCUGCAAAAUCUAUGUUGAGAAUUUCACUGUCCGAUCUCGGAAAAAAUGCGGGGACAAAAUUUAUCAACAGGCAGUCAGCCACCCGGACAAUGUCCCCAAGAAUGCAUUGCAGAUGAGACAUAUAAAAAUGCUUGCACGGAGGAAGGAAAUGGUCGAUGAGCAGUACAAAAUGCAGUACACUGUAAAUGAAGAAAUGUACCAGUUACCUCUUAUUUCGAACAAAUUAUUGCCUAUUUAUAACCCAGCUGUGGCUAUCAUGCAAGCCCAAGAUCAUUAUGGUACUCCAGAGCAGGUUUCUAGGUCAGCUACCUUGCCCAGAAACAGGCAGAUGGUCUAUAGCCCAUUGGCUGAGCCACUUACCAAGGACAGUUACACACAGACACUUCCUAAGAUGCCUUUACACUCUCAGCAGCAAUCAGAGUCCCAGAGACAACAGCAGGUUCUUCAAGUGCAACAGGGCUAUGUGAACGCAAAGCAGGUGCUGGAUCCCAAGCUCUCUGCCAACUGGGGAAGGUUCAGUAACAACCUGCUGGAGUCUGUGUCUGUUCCUGGCACCCUGAACGAAACAGUAGGAGUGACACCAUUUGCCACUGAACUGCAGGGUAUCUCCGAGCAGACGUUGCUAGAGUUGACCAAAGGCAAGCCUUCGGCGCACCCUAGAGCGUGGUUUGUAUCCCUGGAGGGGAAGCCGAUACCGCCGAUCAGACAUUCCUGUGUGCUCGUUCAGAAACCAAAAAAAGCGCAUAGCAACGACACGAGCCUUGAUUCAGGUGUUGAUAUGAACGAGCACCACACCGGUAAGAGGCCAGAAAAGGAAAAGACUUGUGCCAGAGCUGCAGCUGCCUCGAAGAACCUUUACCCAGAAGAUGUAGAGCUGAGCGGGAGUGAAAGUGGGACCACAGUAUGCACCCCUGAGGACCUCUCCUUCAGGCAAGGCCCGGAUAUGGGCAGUGGCCAGUUGGGCGAGGUCGAAGAAGAGCAGAGUGACCAGAGUUUACAGGACGAGGAGAUCAUUGUGACCCCUCCCCACAGACAAGGGCGAAUGAGUACUGAAGGCGAGGGGGACAAUAGUAAAAAAAGCAUUUGGCAAAAGAGAGAGGAGCGACCUCUGAUCUCUAUAAACUAGUUGAGUUGCUUUACUUCCAGACCUUCACAAUGGAACAAAAGCAUGUUUUUGGUUCAGUGGUUAUGCAGGUUUUUAUGCACUCCAUUUUAUUGUUGAUUACAAUUCAUUGUACUGAAUAAACUCUUUGUAUGUGUAUCUUCUAGAUCUUUCAUUAACUUGAAUAUACUGUAAAUACACACAGUUAUCAAGCACCAAGUAUACAUAAUUUGUGUCCUUUAGACUUUGGCCCCAGAACCUAUACAUAAAUUAAUUUAAUAAGAUUAUCUGAACAGCUUCUAGUAUAUUUUUACAACUAAACCUUUGUGUCUUUUUUCACAAAGCAAUUUACCCUGAUCUCUCACCUCUGCCACGAUGGAUUUUAAGUAAGAAAGAAAGCAAUUGAAUCCUCCUUUGAUGUUUGUUAAUAUCUUGUUGUCAGAAAGUAGUUAUGGUUAAGUUUGAUUUGGGUCUAUAAGGAAUAACUUGUGUGGUGCCCACAGGGAAACUGAUCUAAGAAUUUAAUUAAAUUCACACUGAAGACAACAGGCUUAAUUUAAAACUACAUUGAUAAAGGGAUGUACAAUCUUGCCUUCAGGCACUUGUCUUGAUUUAAACAUGACAUUUCAUUUCAUAACGUAUCCCCUUUAAAUUUAUUUCCAAAGCUUGGUGCAAAUAUAGUUUCAGAUGAUUUUAUAAGAUGUUAAACCAUGUACAUGUUUCUUUUUAAAGUCUAAUCUAAAAAGCACAAAUCUUGCAAAAUUGCUAAUGGUUGUGAUACUUUGCAUGUGACUUUGGGAGUAGGAAUUCACACUGCAAUAUUUAGAAAACAGAGCAGAUGUUUGAUGUUGCAUUCUGUGAGGCUAAGGCUCAUCUAUAAAUAGAAGAGUUACCUAGCUUACAGUUAAAUCUGAUAAGGCUAAAUACGAAGCACUUUUUUUGAGUCAAGUUAAAAUGUAGAAAGCACAAUAAAAAGACUAAAUCAUCACUGAGUUCUAAAUCCAGUCAUAACAGGUAUCUCAAUUUUUAUUCUGUGACAGAGGUGGGCAGAAAACAUUGAAACAAAUUGGCUUCAGAGCUUUGACAACAAACCACAUCAAAACAUAGAGUGUACUUGUUCUAUUUUAUGUUGAUUCCCCAGCCAUUUUGUGGCAUCUAUCUUGUUUCAUUUUAAUGCCAAUUUGCAAUUGAUGUCUGUUAAGAUCUUGAGAAAUCACUAGGCAUUUUAGGCUGAAGAAAAGCUGCAAUUUGAAGUAGUUCUUACUGAAAUCUUUGUUUUUAAUCUGUACUCAUUUGCCACAAUCUAGGCAAAUCCUGAGUGAAAUAUACUUUCAUUAAAUUGUUCAAAUAAUUCCGCUUAUCUUGGCAACUACGUGUUCAAAAGGUUGGUCUCAUUAUUCUUGGAGCAUAUCUUGAUGAGCUGCUUGAGUUUUCACUUCAUUCAUGACGAUGCAGGAACUAAAGCAAGAGCUUGCUAUUUCGUGAGACAUUGGGAAGUAUUUUAUUGUAUUAUAUGUUUUGAAGAAAGUGUUUGCUAAUUCCGCGUGGUGUUUAGCAUGGUUGCAUGUUCAUAAUUUGUUCAUUACCCAAGCCAGUUUUGCCAUAAGACUCUUGUAUUUUGUGUGAUAUUUCCAAGGAGUAGUGAAUUACAUUCGGAAUUGUUUUAUUGCAUUGUUGAAAACCCAAUAAAACUGAACUAAGUUUUGUUUACAUUGGUGUUUGAGUGAAUGCUGCUUCAUAGCACCAUCAACUGCCCCCUCAAUCACUAGUGAUUGAUAGUGGAUGUUGGGAUAAUUAGUCAGAUUGGAUUUUGUCCUGCCUGUUGUGGGCUGGACAUUCCCAGACAAUUUUCCACAUUCCCUGGUGGUGUCACU